AGUUUCCACAACGAUCUCUUUCAGCACCAGCCGAAAUUCAAGCCGUGAUCGACACUUUUUCACGACAGUCAGCAUUCGGAUUUGUUCAUACACCUUCCUUUGUUUAUCAACACCAUGCUUUUCAACAAGCGCAUUCUGGCACUGGCCGCUCUUUUCUCGACACUCACCAGUGGACGACCCUUUGAUUCGGCAGGAGCAGGAAAACUUGUCGCGAGGAGCAAAAGUUAUGCGGUUGUCAACGUUGGUGGAGAUUCGACCGAGACAUCUGCGGAGCCGACUUCAACUAUCAAGACGACAACGACUAUUGAGGUUGUUAUCCCAGGAGAGACAGUCACUCGAGAGGUGACGGCGACAGUCGUCAAGCCGAAUCCAGCACCUGUACCUACGCCCUGCCCAAGCUCAAGCAGCGUGGCGGCGUCAUCGAGUUCCCUGCCGGUCUCUUCAACAUCAACUCCUAUUUCUUCAACACCUCCAAUUUCCACACCAAACACGCCCAUGAGCGUGCCAUCAAAUAGCACAUCGAUGCCAAUCGAGACGCCAAAGCCAAUCUUCAUUACCGUCACUGUCUCCGAGGACGACGGUCCUACAGAGUACUAUGACAACGGCAUGUGGCACACCAACUACAGGAUAAAGACGUUUGAGGAUGAUGCCGUGGCAGCUCCAACAGCGCCGCCUACGGCUUAAGCGAGGUACUGAGUGGUUCCCUCUUUUCUUCCUCUCAGGUUAGGCGGUAGGCUGGCUCAGCUGUCUGUUUCUAUUCUUUGGCAGUAUUUUAACGACGAAAGAGUAAUGGUGACAUGUCGAUACGCUAGUGCAGCAGACAAGUAUACAUGUAGACACACAUGGGUCAGGCGUUCUGGGAGUAAUUGUAGCGACGGUCAGGUCCUUUGGGCCGCAUGUAUUAUGUAGUUUGACUAGAUGGAUAGCUGAGAUGAAUAACAAUGAUUCCACGGCUG